AUGGGCACUAAGUUUGCCCCAUCUUAUGCCAAUCUCUUCAUGGGGGUCUUCGAACAAAAAUUUGGCCUGUUGACACAUCCACAAAUCAAGUUUUACUGUUGCUUCAUAGAUGACAUCAUCUUUGUAUGGCAAGGCAGUAGUAAUGAUCUAGUCCAAUUUAUUGAUUUCAUUAAUUCCAACCAUUGGAAUCUAUCAUUUACUAUGGAACACAAUCCAAUGGAGGUAGUGUUCCUUGAUCUGCAUUUAAGCAUCAAAAAUAAUAAAGUCAUCAGUAAAACCUAUUUUAAAAAUGUAGAUGCCAAUAGUUUUCUUGACUAUAGGAGUUGCCAUCAUCCCAAAUGGAAACGGAACAUCCCCUAUAGUCAAAUGAAAAGGAUUAGGAGGAACUGCACAGACAACGAAACUAUGAAAACUCAGGUAAAGGAACUAAAAGAAAGGUUCAAAGAAAAAGGUUACCCUAAGAAACUUCUAAUGGACUGCAGUAAGAGAGUAUACCAAAUCUCACAAAAAGAAAUUCUGAAACCCAAACCAAAACCUUCUACAUUGGAAACAAAGAACAAAGAUAAGUUUCGAGGUUCAAGUAAAGACUGGAUAAGAGGUUUCCAUAGAUGUCUAAUUGUAUCUCCUUCUUAUAAAGUAGAAGAUAAUCAAUCACAGAUUGUCAAUAAUAGCACUGGACAUAGACUGGGUGAAAUGUCUGUGAGUUCUGAAUAUGGGAAAGAUUUUGAAAAUGAAUCGUACCUUUAUAUACACAGGAACAUUCACAAAGAUGAAAGACCAUAUCCAUGUUCAGAAUAUGAGACAACUUUUAAUACGAAAAUUCACACAAGAGAGAAGCCAUUUUCAUGUCCUAAAUGUGGGAAGUGUUUUAGCUACAAAUCAUAUCUUGAUAAACAUCAGAGAACCCACACAGGAGAGAAGGCAUUUUCAUGUCCUGAAUGUGGGAAGAGUUUUAGCCAGAAAUCAAGGCUUAUUAAACAUCAGAGAACUCACACAGGAGAGAAGCCAUUUUCCUGUCCUGAAUGUGGAAAGUGUUUUAGUGAGAAAUCAAGUCUUAUUAAACAUCAGAGAACUCACACAGGAGAGAAGCCAUUUUCCUGUCCUGAAUGUGGAAAGUGUUUUAGUGAGAAAUCAAAGCUUAUUAGACAUCAGAGAACUCACACAGGAGAGAAGCCAUUUUCCUGUCCUGAAUGUGGAAAGUGUUUUAGUGAGAAUUCAAGUCUUAAUAAACAUCAGAGAACUCACACAGGAGAGAAGCCAUUUUCCUGUCCUGAAUGUGGAAAGUGUUUUAGUGAAAAUUCAAGUCUUAAUAAACAUCAGAGAACUCACACAGGAGAGAAGCCAUUUUCAUGUCCUGAAUGUGGAAAGUGUUUUAGUAACAAAUCAACUUGUGACAUACAUCUGAGAACUCACACAGAGGAGAAGGCAUUUUCAUGUCCUGAAUGUGGGAAGUGUUUUAGUAACAAAACAACUUGUGAUAUACAUCUGAGAACUCACACAGGAGAGAAGCCAUUUUCAUGUCCUGAAUGUGGGAAGUGUUUUAGCAUAAAAUCAAGUCUUAUUAAUCAUCAGAGAACUCACACAGGAGAGAAGCCAUUUUCAUGUCCUGAAUGUGGAAAGUGUUUUAGUGAGAAAUCAAGUCUUAUUAAACAUCAGAGAACUCACACAGGAGAGAAGCCAUUUCCCUGUCCUGAAUGUGGGAAGUGUUUUAGUACCAAAUCAACUUGUGAUAUACAUCUGAGAACUCACACAGGAGAGAAGCCAUUUUCAUGUCCUGAAUGUGGAAAGUGUUUUAGUGAGAAAUCAAGUCUUAUUAAACAUCAGAGAAUUCACAUAGGAGAGAAGCCAUUUUCAUGUCCUGAAUGUGGAAAGUGUUUUAGUGAGAAAUCAAGUCUUAUUAAACAUCAGAGAACUCACACAGGAGAGAAGGCAUUUUUAUGUCCUGACUGUGGGAAGUGUUUUAGUCACAAAUCAAAUCUUGAUAAACAUCAGAGAACCCACACAGGAGAGAAGUAUCACUGGAUAAGAGGCUUCCAUAGAUGUCUAAUUUUAGCUAAUUCUUAUAAAGCAUAUAAAGUAGAAGAUAAUCAAUCACAGAUUGUCAAUAAUAGCACUGGACAUAGACUGGGUGAAAUGUCUGUGAGCUCUGAAUGUGGGAAACAUUUUCAAAAUGAAUCAACUCACACAAGAGAGAAGGCAUUUUCAUGUCUUGAAUGUGGGAAGUGUUUUAGUGACAAAUCAAAUCAUAAUAUUCAUCUGAGAACUCACAUAGGAGAGAAGCCAUAUUCAUGUCCUGAAUGUGGGAAAUGUUUUAGUCAGAAAGCAGAUCUUUGUAAACAUCUGAGAAUUCACACAGGAGAGAAGCCAUAUUCAUGUCCUAAAUGUGAGAAAUGUUUUACUGACAAAUCAAAUCUUAAUACACAUCAGAGAACUCACACAGCAGAGAAGGCAUUUUCAUGUCCUGAAUGUGGGAAGUGUUUUAGCUACAAAUCAAAUUGUGAAACACAUCUGAGAACUCACACAGGAGAGAAGCCCUAUUCAUGUCCUGAAUGUGGGAAAUGUUUUAGUCAGAAAGCAGAGCUUUGUAAACAUCUGAGAACUCACACAAAAGAGAAGCCAUAUUCAUGUCCUGAAUGUGGGAAAUGUUUUAGUCAGAAAGCAGAUCUUAGUAAACAUCUAAGAACUCACACAGGAGAAAAGCCAUAUUCAUGUCCUGAAUGUGGGAAAUGUUUUAGUCAGAAAGCAGAUCUUUGUAAACAUCUGAGAAUUCACACAGGAGAGAAGCCAUAUUCAUGUCCCGAAUCAUGUCUUCAUAUGCAUCUGAGAAUUCACAUGGGAGAGAAGUCAUUUAUAUGUCCAGAAUGUGGGAAGUGUUUUAGUGAGAAAUUGAGACUUAUUAACCAUGAAAAAACCCACACAGGAUAA